AUGUCCAUCGACGUCAACUGGGAGACAGCCACCUCUGGACCAGACGGGGAGGCUCUGGCCGAGCGCAUCCGCUCCUUUAUCCACGACAAAUUCCAGCAGGUGGCCCUCCCACGCUUCAUCCGUUCAGUACAGGUCCAUUCCUUCGAAUUCGGGACGAUCCCUCCAGACCUUGAGAUAAAAGAUUUCUGUGAACCGUUUACGGACUUCUACGAGGAGGAUGACGAUGAUGAGAUUUCGGAGGUGUCUGAAGAGCUAGUAUCGGAGCAUGGUAGCAACACCACCCACGAUGACGAGAGUCAAUGGCCCGGGACGGGGCCUCCUUCGUUCCAUGACGGGAUGGCGAUGAAUAACCAGCAAUUGCGAGAUCCUUUUGAUGAGCCGGGGCAUCAUUAUGAUUACCCGUCAGCUUUGCGGUCGCCUAUGGAGCACCUCAAUUCGCAUUUCCUGCCUCGCGCCGCGGGCACGCCGGGCUUGCCUGUCGGGACGUCGACAUUGGGCUAUCACCUAAUGUCACUAGGUGCGCUAUCUGGAACACAAACGCCUCUAGCUGCGGUAGCAGGUGGCUCGCCAUUUGCGAAUGGCUGGUCAGAUUCCGGAAUCGGACCAGCGAGCAGAAUGCGACUGGAGAAACCAUCUGUACUGGCAUACCCUCACGCAGCAAUGCAGCAGCACCAGCUCCUUCAACAGCAACAACAGCAGCGACAGCAACAGCGUCAACAGCAGCAACAGAGACAACUGGAAGCCGAUGUCGACUCCGCCUCCCGACCAUCAACAGGCUCUCAUCCCGCUGUUGUGAACAAAGAACCAGAUGACCCCAUCAUCCCCAGCCCCGGCACCAGCUCUCACCUAGGCGACCCUCCCUCCUCUGCAACCCACCCGCAUAACCACCCACCACCACCACCUCAAAUCCCCCUCCGCCCACCCCCCCGCAUGCGUGAGCGGAAACCCGAAGACUUCCAAGUCCUCUGCCACGCCAAAUACGCAGGCGACGUGCGCCUCUCCCUAACAGCCGAGAUCCUCCUCGACUACCCCAUGCCCAGCUUCGUAGGGCUCCCUCUGAAACUCAACGUCACGGGAAUGACGUUCGACGGCGUCGCGGUGAUCGCGUAUAUUCGCAAACGCGUGCAUUUCUGUUUCUUGUCUGCCGAGGAUGCGGAUGCGUUGCUUGGGUCUGAGGAACAGCAGCAGCAAGGGGAUGACAAUAAUACUACCGGUGCCGGUCUAGGCCUGGAUACUCAUAAUACCACGUCCUCCGCGCAGAAACGACAGGGCGGUUUGCUUCAGGAGAUUCGGGUUGAGAGUGAAAUCGGCCGCAAGGAGGAUGGGAAACAGGUCCUGAAGAAUGUUGGCAAGGUUGAGCGGUUUGUUCUUGCUCAGGUGCGCCGGAUCUUUGAGGAGGAGCUUGUGUUUCCUAGUUUCUGGACGUUUCUUGUUUGA